AUGGCGUCAAAGGAAGGAAUCACGCCCACCAAUGAGCCUCCCGCAGGUGUCAAGACAGAAGAGUGGAUGAUCAAUAAGCACGAAUUUACUACAGCCAUGACAUUCCUUAACUACAACCCCACCAGUUUUGCAGCCCCAAUGGGGGCGGUACCUCUACCUGUUGGCGCAAGGCCCCUCUCCUGGCCGAACGUGCCUACGGCAACAAUAUUUGGUCUGACACACAAGAAUUCCUCGACAAAAUUGUGA